AUGUUCCUCGGUCUUAUCGUGAUCGUCGGCGCGGCGCUCUGGAAAAUAGACGGAGCCUACGCAAACUCCUGUUCAAACUGCCAGAUCAUUAAUGGAGCUACACUAAACUACGAUCACAUCAAAAACUACAACGGCCACCUACUCUCAGACCUCGCAGGCCCACCAACCAUUCCUACAACUAACAGCCCAAUACAAAUGCCCUCCGACAUCAGCUGGGCUCUCUCCUAUGGCAACACAUCUUGCUACUCAUCCAACACUGCAACAUGCCCUGCCAACAGCGCCCCUUCCGGCGCAACAUGCUCGUCCAGCCCGACUAUCACCGGGGGAGGAACUCCCCUCAAAUGUUGGGCUUUCCGUUGGCCAGUCUCCGUCCCUGUCUGGGAAACGUUCGGAUCCUUGAGAGUUGAGGCCCCAGGAAAAGGAUGGGAGUUCCUAAUUUAUGAUAAUGUGGAUUGCUCAGGGGGUGUGAUGGCGACGAUAGGGCCAGAGAGUGUGGGUGCGUGUAAAGCGUUUACGAAGCAGGGGAUUGCAUUCACGGCGAGGCCGUUAUGGAAUGCGGAUCCUUGA